AUGACCUCGUCCGAAAGCGUUUGCACUUUGACGUCUGUCUCGCAUCUAGAAUUGGACUCAGACUCCAAAAUGAAAAACAGCGAUUAUGGCACCGAUAAGGAACCGAGUGGUAUUAUCAAUGAAGCAUUCUGUGAUAACCUGUGCGAUUCAGAGAGCCAAAUUACUACUGUAAAACAGCCUAUAAAAUUCCGUGUUACAUUGAUCGUAUUUGUCUUCGUUCAUCCCAAGUGUAGAGCUCAAACAGCAACUUCAUGGUGGCAAGGAGCCGUUUAUUACAGAAUUUAUGUGCCUAUGUUUAAAGACAGUAAUGGUGACUGCAAAGGAGAUUUUCAAGGAAUUGUGUCAAAGUUGGACUAUUUGGAGGACCUCGGCGUCGAUGUUGUUUCUUUAAGUCCAAUCUAUCCUGAGGAUAGCAACGAUGUUGAGUUCUCAAUAACCAAUCACACCAGCGUGAACACUGACUAUGGAGACAUACAAGACCUGAUCGAUCUCAUCAGCGCUGUUCAUAAAAGAGGAAUGUACUUGGUCCUUGAUUUCAUUCCCAACAUGACCGGCAAGCAACACAAAUGGUUUCAAGAGAGCGAAAUGUCUAGUGGAAGAAAUCGACAGAACUUUUACGUUUGGGUCAAUGGAAAUAACACACCAAAUAAUUGGAAUGCACAGGCAAAUGGUUCAGCCUGGUCUUUUUCUUCCAAGAGAAACGCAACUUACUUGCAUCAGGUUGACCCUUCAUUGCCAGACCUCAAUCUUCGCAGUUCCAUUGUUCUGGAUAAGCUUAAUGAGAUUCUUCGGUACUGGAUGAGUCUUGGUAUCGAUGGGUUCAACCUUCGACAAUUUGGUUUGCUCCUAGAGGAUUAUGACCUUAGAAGUGAACCUGAAGCACAACCACCCGUUACUAACGAUACACAUUCUUAUGAAUACCUCAACCAUAAAUAUACAUUUAAUCUCCCGGAGAAUUUUUAUCUUCUACGCUUAUGGCAUAAUGUUGUCAAUAAAUUUGACAACAAAACACGAAUUUUGAUGACCGGUAUGGACAAUAAUGGCGAAGAGGUGGCAUUGUUUGAAUCUGUUUAUGGACCUGUUGACUUUCGUUUGUCACCUUACAUCAUAUUCUGGGACCCACCACUGCAGUGUGGAUACUGCAUAAAGAAUUACAUUAUGGGAAAACUGAAUGAAAUCUCAUUGAAAAACACAGCGAUUUGGAUGUUGGGCAACGAUAUGACGUCCCGCCUUAAAAGUCGACUGAAUGACAACGUUAAGCAGCAAGAAAUCCUGACAAUGAUUGGUUUCCUACUUCCAGGAUCAGUGUUUCUUUAUAAUGGAGACGAAAUAGAUAUGGUUGACGUAUCCUUAACGAAUUGGAGUAUUGUCACCAAAAGUAAACCCUGGCGCAAUCCGAUGUUGUGGGACAAUACUUCAUAUGUUGGAUUCUCUAAUUCUUCUUGCUCAUCACUUCCGUUAAAACAAAAUAAAACUAUUAAUGUGAAGAAUCAACUAUCCAGUGCAUCAUCCAUGUUGAAUUUCAUGAAGAAUUUGAUCAGACUUCGUAGAGACCAGGGUUUCCGUAUUGGAGAUUUUCAGUACGGUUUGGUAGAUGAUGACGUCUUUUCUUUUGUUCGGGGUUUUGAUGGUACCAAUUGCUAUCUUGUUGCUGCCAACUUAAGCAAUAAGACAAUAACACGAAAUUUUGCUUCGGGGCCAGGUGGUGUUAGUUCUGAUGCAAAAGUAGAACUUCUAACACCAAGUUCAGCAAAUGACGAGACGCUACUUGGAGAGAUUAUUGAUACGAGCAGUAUAUCUUUAGGUGAAUACCAAGGAAUCGUGGUCAAAUGGAGUUGUGGUCUUAGACAAUAA